CAAAUGUCUAACAUCUUUGGUGGUGCUAUCUCUACCAACCAACCUCUUUCAUUAUUUGCUCAAAGACCUGGUGAAACUGCAGUACCAGCGAACAUCAGUAAUGCUUCUCCAGUUGAAACAAACAGUUUCUAUGGUAAUAUGUUAGUGGCUACUCAAGACUGUUCAGUUUUCACUCAUCCUUAUAGUGUUACAUAUGCUCAUGCUAAUAACAAUUAUGGUUUGACUGUUUAUCACGCCCAACAAUCGGAUAGGGUUUUCGGUCCUGGAACUCCAGCUUCUUACUUUUAUUCACCAACAGGUAUUCAAGAAUUAGUAUUCACUGCUGCCGAUUUUGAUCAAAAUUUCCAAUUUGCAUUGAUUGAUAUGUCAAAAUUUGCUGCUACUGCAAGAUUUACUGCUACAAACAACGGCUACAUGGACUGUCCUAUGGUUCAAGGAAUGGGGUUCGUUACUGCUAUCUAUAAUAAUUUAGUUCCUCAAAUUAAUUCGAGUGUUGGUUUUCAAUCAGUUCAAGGUACAACUUCCCCAAGAAGUGGAAUAUUAAAGUUCAUUAUUACUCUUUUAAAUGGUACCACUUGGUCUUUAUAUGCUACUAUACCAUCCGGUCAAUCAUUAAGUUUUAAAUUACAGGGAAAUAAUUCUAUCAUUACUUCGAAUUCAGUGGAUGGAGCUGUAUUUCAACUUUGUGUGGGUCAAGAUGAUCAUUUUGAUUUAAGUGCCGGUUGUUAUCCAACUGGUUCAUCAAUUACCGCUAGUGUCAAUGGUUCAACUUGUAUUUAUCAAUUGAAUUAUUCAGUCUCAGGAACUUCAAAUAAUGGAACUACUUUAAUAUUUGCGGCUCCUCAUCAUGUUGCUGCUUUCACAAGUCUGACAGCCGCUACAGCAACAUCAUUAACUGCAUUAUCAACUACAUUAGGUUUGAUGACUGGUUGUCUUACCAACACCUUACAAAUGCAAGAAACAAUUCCUACAAAUAUGGGAUGGGGACCAUACACUACUAUUUCAGGAAAUUCUGCUAAUUACACAGCUAAUGCAAUUUCCUCAAUUACAAAUGCAGCUAAUUCAGAAGUGAAUGAUGAUGUCGUUUCUAUGGCAAAUGUUGAUUCCAUGUAUACUAGUGGAAAAAUAUUAUUAAAAUAUGCUUUGGUAUUGUAUACUACUCAUUUCAUUCUUGAAAAUUCAAGUUUAACUAAUACCCUACUUCCAAAGCUUAAAAGUGCAAUAGAAAUAUUUACUAAUAAUACCCAAAUAUAUCCAUUGUUUUAUGAUACAAAUUUCAAAGGAAUAGUUUCAUCAGCCACCGGUGAUGCUGAUUAUGGUAAUGGACAUUAUAAUGAUCAUCACUUCCAUUGGGGUUAUCAUAUUCAUGCAUGUGCAAUUGUUUCUAAAGUUGACAAAGACUUAGGUGGAAACUGGUUGACUUCAAUUGAAGAUUGCGUGAAUACUUUGGUCAGAGAUGUUGCUAACCCGACCUUAGAUGAUCCUUAUUUCCCAAUGUCCAGAUCCUUUGAUUACUUUGUAGGUCAUAGUUGGGCUAAAGGGUUAUAUGCCUCUGCUGACGGUAAAGAUGAAGAAUCAUCAUCUGAAGAUGUUAAUCAUGCAUAUGCAGUAAAAUGUUGGGGAAACAUUAUAGGUGACUCUAACAUGGAAAAUAGAGGGAAUUUAAUGUUGGCGCUUUUAAGAAGAAGCUUGAAUCUGUACUUCCUUUACGAGGAUAAUAAUACUAUUGAACCAUCAAACUACAUUGGAAACAAAGUGUCAGGAAUUCUAUUUGAAAACAAAUGUGAUUAUACCACAUAUUUUGGUACAUUAGUUCAAUAUAUCCAUGGUAUUCAUAUGUUACCAAUUAUGGGUGCAUCUUCUUUCAUUAGAGGACCAACAUUUGUUCAACAAGAAUGGGAUGAAAUAUUAGCAUCUAUUAUAAAUGGUGUGCCUGAUGGCUGGAAAGGUAUUUUAAUGUUGAAUGUUGCACUAUAUGAUCCUACUACUGCUUACAACUUCUUUAACAGUUCAUCAUUUAGUGAUGCAUACUUGGACAAUGGUCAAUCCUUGACAUGGUCAUUAGCCUAUUGUGCAGGAGUUGGUGCAUCUAGUUAAUUCUGUAGAUAACUGAUCGGGUUUGUGAAUAUAUGAGGUUUGAAGAAUUACAAAUCAUGUAGUUGCAAAAUAUGUGGAGACCAAGUGAAGCACCGUUGUGAUGAGAAAUCAUUGAGAUUACAAAUAUGAACCGCACUUACCCAAUUUGUAUAAAGAUGCAUAAAAUUGAAUGUAAAGGAACCGCACUUACCCAAUUGGGAUAUCCCGAUUUCUAUGAUUGCAAAAUCAAAUCGAUGAGCAUUAGAAAUUGAGAAAUGUAAAUAGAAUUGAGAGAAGUAUAUAAGAAGUAAAAAUUCAUCAUGUUUCAGUUGAAUUCAAAUGUUUCUGAUUAAUAUUAUUUAACU